UGGCCGGGGCGGCGGGGCGGCCGAGCAUGGAAGAACAGCAGCCGGAACCUAAAAGUCAGCGCGACUCGGGCCUCGGCGCGGCGGCGGCGGCGGCGACCCAGGGCGGCCUCAGCCUGAGCCUCAGUCCGGGCGCCAGCGGCAGCAGCGGCAGCGAUGGAGACAGUGUGCCCGUGUCCCCGCAGCCCGCGCCCCCCUCGCCGCCCGCGGCGCCUUGCCUGCCGCCCCUGGCCCACCACCCGCACCUCCCCCCACAUCCCCCGCCCCCGCCGCCUCAGCAUCUCGGGGCGCCUGCUCACCAGCCGCAGCCAGCGGCCCAGCUGCACCGCACCACCAACUUUUUCAUCGACAACAUCCUGAGGCCGGACUUCGGCUGCAAAAAGGAGCAGCCGCCACCGCAGCUUCUGGUGGCUGCGGCAGCCAGAGGAGGCGCAGGAGGAGGAGGCCGGGCCGAACGUGACAGAGGCCAGACUGGCGCAGGUAGAGACCCUGUCCACCCGUUGGGCACCCGGGCGCCAGGCGCUGCCUCGCUCCUGUGCGCCCCGGACGCGAACUGUGGCCCACCCGACGGCUCCCAGCCAGCCGCCGCCGGCGCGGGCGCGUCUAAAGCUGGAAACCCGGCUGCGGCGGCGGCGGCGGCGGCGGCGGCGGCGGCCGUGGCAGCGGCGGCUGCGGCGGCCGCAGCAGCCAAGCCCUCGGACAGCGGUGGCGGCGGCAGUGGAGGCGGCGCGGGAAGCCCCGGCGCGCAGGGCACCAAAUACCCGGAGCACGGCAACCCCGCCAUCCUACUUAUGGGCUCAGCCAACGGCGGGCCCGUAGUCAAAACUGACUCGCAGCAGCCUCUCGUAUGGCCCGCCUGGGUCUACUGCACACGUUACUCGGAUCGUCCAUCCUCCGGUCCGCGCACCAGGAAGCUGAAGAAGAAGAAGAACGAGAAGGAGGACAAACGGCCGAGGACGGCGUUCACGGCCGAGCAGCUGCAGAGACUCAAGGCGGAGUUCCAGGCAAACCGCUACAUCACUGAGCAGCGGCGGCAGACCCUGGCCCAGGAGCUCAGCCUCAACGAGUCCCAGAUCAAGAUCUGGUUCCAGAACAAGCGCGCCAAGAUCAAGAAAGCCACAGGCAUUAAGAACGGCUUGGCGCUUCACCUCAUGGCCCAGGGACUGUACAACCACUCCACAACCACGGUCCAGGACAAAGACGAGAGCGAGUAGCCGCCGCCGGCAGGGGCCGCGCGGUCGGGCCGCGGCGCCCGCGCCCCCUCCCGGCACUGCCGCCGUCGCCACUCGGCCCCUCGCUGUGGGAGAAGGCAUCUGCGCAAAGGAGGGAGGGAGCGGAGGGAAAAGAGCGAGAGAGACAGAAAGAGAGCCUCGGAACAGACAGUGACGUUGAAACGCAGCAUUUUUGAAAAGGGAGAAAGACUCGGACAGGUGCUAUCGAAAAAUAAGAUCUAUUCUCUAUUCACAGUAUAAGGGACGAAACUGCAAACUCCAUAAAGCUCUAUCUAGCCAAACCGCUUACGACCUUGUAUAUAUUUAAUUUCAGGUAAGGAAAACACGUGUAGCGAUCUCUAUUUGCUGGACAUUUUUAUUAAUCUUUAUUAUUAUUGUUAUAAUUAUUAUAAUUAUUAUAAUUAUUUUAUCCCCUCCCCCUCCGCCUCGCUGCCCCCGGCCCAGUUUCGUUUUCGUUGCCUUUUUCAUUUGAAUGUCACUGCUUCUCCGGUGCCUCCCGACCCGCAUCGCUGGCCCUGGUUUCUCUGGGACUUUUCUUUGUGUGCGUGUGUUUCCUCGCGUGUCUGCCCACCGCCUCUCUCCCACCUCCCGGGCCCUUUCUGUCGGUCUGUCUGUUCUGCCCCUCCUUUCGUUUUCCGGAGACUUGUUGAGAAACACUACCCCACAGACUGCGAGACUGAACCGCCGCUACAAGCCAAAGAUUUUAUUAUGUUCAGAAAUCUGUAGUCUGAAAUAAAGUGUACACUGUGCUCACGA